GCUGCGUUUUUUUUUUUUUUCUCUUCAUUUCUUCUCAAAUAUUAUCUCAAUUAAUUACUUACUUCCCUUCCAUUACAGCUUCCAGGCAGUUAAAAAGUUGUGGCCUUUUGUUUCGUUUAUUUGGUGUUGAAUUCAUUUGAUAUAUCACUGAUGGAGUUUCCGUGAGUGCCGUCCUUCCUCUCUCUCUUUCCCGAAUCGGUGGGAGUUUGGCAAAACAAAGGAUAAGGUCAUUUAAAGGGAGACAAAGACAAAGAGGUUUUCAAUGAUAUGAUACGCCAUGUAUGCAUUGUGCUUCUUUGUCUUUGGCUUCUCUGUGAAUACAAUUUGGGUCACCCAGUUGCGUAUUUUGUCUCCUUGAUCCAUCUUUACCUGGUUCAUGAGCGCUACGUGAUGAGAUUGCGGAAGAAGCUGGAGUACGAGGGAAAGAGACAAUCCAAUCAAAGACGGGUACUGACUGACUCUGAGACCGUGCGGUGGUUAAACCAUGCAGUCCAGAAGUUAUGGCCCGUCUGUGUAGAGCAAAUUGUUUCUCAGAAACUUCUCCUUCCCAUCAUCCCUUGGUUCUUGGCCAAGUACAAACCGUGGACCCUGAAGGAGGCCAAAUUCCAAACCCUUUGCCUGGGAAAGAAACCCCCGUUGUUCACUGAAAUUCGGAUUCUUCAUCAGACCACUGAUGAAGACCACUUGGUCCUACAGGUGGGAGUGAAUUUCCUCACGGCAGGUAUGAGUUCAAUACUUGCUGUCAAGCUAAGGAAAAGAUUGGGAUUCGGAAUAUCUACAAAAUUGCAUUUGACUGGCAUGCACUUAGAAGGGAAGCUCUCGGUGGGCGUCAAGUUUACUGGUAAAUGGCCUUUUCUUGAACGUAUACGAGUAUGCUUUGCUGAGCCACCUCAUUUUCAGAUGGUUGUGAGGUCUGUUUCUGCACAUGGACUCGAUGUCUCAGAACUUCCUGGUAUUGCUGGAUGGCUAGACAAACUCCUGUCAGGUGCAUUUGAGGAGACACUGGUCGAGCCAAAUAUGCUGGUUGUUGAUGUUGAAAAACUUGCUGCAUCUCAGCAAGGUGGUUCACAGCAGCAAGAGAGUUGGUUCUCUGUUGAUGUGAGGAAGCCUUUUGCUUAUGCCAAAGUAGAAGUGUUAGAGGCAUCUGAAGUGAAACCAUCUGAUCUAAACGGUUUGGCUGAUCCAUACGUGAAAGGGCAAUUGGGUCCUUACAGGUUCAGAACCAAGACAGCGAGGAAUACUCUUUCUCCAAAUCGGCAGGAAAUGUUCAGGAUUCCCAUCAUGACGUGGGGAGCAACUAAUGUGCUGGAAUUUGAAGUUCGCGACAAGGAUCAGUUCAUUGAUGAUCACCUCGGCAACUGCUGCGUGGAUAUUAAUGAUUUCAGAGAUGGUCAGAGACACGACAUGUGGCUGCCUCUUCAGAAUGUUAAGAUGGGAAGGUUGCAUCUCAGGAUAACAGUAGUUGAGAAGGGGCAUAUUUCUUCGUCUGCUGGAGAAUCAGAAAAUCAUGGAGAGGAAAAGAAUUCAUCUUCAAAAGAAAUAGAUAAGGCUUCUGUCUCAUCUUUUUUCUCGGAAAAAUCUCCAAGAGUGAAAGAUACAUUGGAAUCUAUAUAUAUUGAAGGGCAAAGGGGGACUGCAGCAUUGGUUCACAGGCCAGGAAGUGGAACUCCACAGAUUUGGGAACAUCAUAGAGGAAAGAACAGGCGUCUUGAUACGAAUAUUCAAGGGGAACCAACGGUUUCAUCAGCAGAGUAGAAGCAUCAGAUAAUUCGGAAAGAACCAAAAGGAUUUCAAAGAGAUGUAGCGUUGCCAGGGGCAUAGUAAAGAUCAGGUUGAUAUGUCGAAGAAGUGUAAAAGCGGAGGAUUGGCCAGAUAUUAUUGGAGAGGCUACUCAAUCUCCUCAUAUAUAACCUUCAAAAGCAGAUGGACGUGAAGUCAUAAGUCAUGGACAAUUUUCCAACUGGAAGGGGCUUUUAGCUGAAAGGAGUGAUUGGAAGGGUUCCUAGAGAGAACAUGAAAGAGGUGCCAAACAGCUUGUCAAGAUAAGCUAAGAAAUCUGAGAGUUGUUUCAAGGAAGUGGUUCUGGAAACUGUCAGAGGACUAAUGCUCUAAAUAUUUUACUGGUACUUGUUGAGUCGGAAAGGAUAUUUGAUUCCGAGCACCUAUUGGUUCUGAUAAGAACAAGCACGUAGUCCUAGAAGUCUAUACAUAUUGGAAGACCUGCAGCUUCUAGAAAUGUGUUGAUACCUGCCAAAUCCUGAGCUCUAGCACUACUCCGGAGGAAGCAAAUUGUGUUGCCUUAGAAUGCUUAGAGGACCGGGCCCAUCUGUUUUAGGGUGAAUAGGCCAAUCAGUUCACGAAUUGUACCGGUUGAGGCCUGGCCUUCGGUUGUUUCCUCUUGAGUUUUGUAAAUUUUGGUGGAGUUUCUACGCUGUAUUUGUAAGUCCUCUGUUUCUGAAUAUGCAGUACAUACAUAAUCAACUUCUGAAAGCAGCGUUGUGAUCAAAA